GUCUAAGUUAAUUGCUACAAUCUCCAGCCAUGGCUAACCCAAUUAGCUUCUUCUUCUUGUCUGUGCUGUUCAUCCUUUUUCAUUCCUCACAUCUGAUCUCCAUAGUAGCACAAAAAUCAAACAUGUACAUCGUUCAUAUGGACUUGUCUGUCAUGCCCAAAGCCUUCUCCAGCCACCACAGUUGGUACAGAGCAACCCUUUCUUCAGUAUCUGACAGUUCUAGUACUAGUACUAGUUCUACCUCUAACCUUAUCUAUACUUACACCAAUGCCAUCCAUGGCUUUACUGCAAUUCUCUCUCCUUCUGAGCUUGAAUCACUCAAAGAGUCACCAGGUUACCUUUCAUCAGUACUAGACAUGCCCAUCACCAUUGAUACAACCCAUACAUUUGAAUUCCUUGGCCUCAAUUCAGACUCAGGUGCAUGGCCUGUUUCAAAUUAUGGCAAAGAUGUCAUAAUUGGACUAGUUGACACCGGAAUUUGGCCGGAGAGCGAGAGCUUCAUAGAUGAAGGGAUGUCUGAUGUUCCAUCUAGAUGGAAAGGAGAAUGUGUUGAAGGCACCAAGUUCAAUUCUUCAAUGUGCAACAAGAAGCUUGUUGGAGCAAGGUACUUCAACAAAGGUCUAGUUAGUCACAACCCAAAUGUGACAAUUGCCAUGAAUUCGACCCGAGACACCGAUGGCCAUGGGACCCACACAUCUUCAACAGCGGCUGGCAACUAUGUGGCUGGUGCUUCCUACUUUGGCUAUGCCAGUGGGACGGCACGAGGGAUGGCGCCGAGGGCACAUGUGGCCAUGUACAAGGCUCUUUGGGAUGAAGGUGCCUACACAUCUGAUAUCAUUGCUGCAAUAGACCAAGCAAUUUUAGAUGGGGUGGACAUUAUGUCUCUGUCUUUGGGCAUGGAUGGGACUCCUUUGUAUGAAGAUGCAAUUGCCAUUGCCUCUUUUGCAGCAAUGGAGAAAGGCAUUUUGGUGUCAUCUUCAGCUGGAAAUCAGGGGCCUUAUAUAGGGACCCUACACAAUGGAACACCAUGGAUCAUGACUGUAGCUGCUGGAACUAUAGACCGCGAAUUUAAAGGUAUCAUAACUCUAGGCAAUGGAGUAGCAGUCACAGCCGCGACACUGUACGGUGGAAAUAUGUCCCUGACCCAAUUGCCCCUUGUGUUCAUGGGAGCCUGCACUAGUGAGAAAGAAUUGAAGAAAGUUAGAGAUAAGAUUGUGGUUUGCCUAGACAAGAACAAUUCUGUAAGUGAUCAAGUCUAUUAUGUUAGGUCUGCAAAAGUAGCUGGAGGGAUCUUCAUAUCCAACACCACUGGCAUGCUAUUCUACAUUGAGAGCACAUCUCCUGUGGCUUUCUUAAGCCCUCAAGAUGGUCAACCUGUCUUAGAUUACAUUAAAAGGAACUCUGAUCCAAGAGCCAAUUUUGAAUUCAGAAAGACUGUUCUUGGUACAAAGCCAGCACCAAGUGUGGCUAGUUACAGUUCUAGAGGGCCAUCACCAAAUUGCCCAAUUGUGUUGAAGCCUGAUGUUAUGGCUCCUGGCUCCCUUGUUUUGGCAUCAUGGGCUGAAGCUAUCCCGGUGUUGGAUGAUGGAUCUGUUCGGCUCUUCAACAACUUCAAUAUAAUCUCUGGCACAUCAAUGUCUUGUCCUCAUGCAGCUGGAGUUGCGGCAUUGUUGAAGGCGGCUCACCCCGAAUGGAGCCCUGCCGCAAUCCGAUCAGCUAUUAUGACUACAGCAGAUUCAUUAGAUAACACUCUCAACCCCAUCACUGAUACCCAAGACAAUAACAAACCAGCAAGUCCUCUAGCAAUGGGAGCAGGCCAAAUUAAUCCGAAUAAGGCGCUCGAGCCAGGACUAAUAUACGACGCAGGCACCGAUGAUUAUGUGAGGCUUCUCUGUGCAUUGAAUUUCACCAUGAAGCAAAUCCAGAUGAUCACAAGGUCCUCUGUUUACAAUUGUUCAGACCCAUCUUUGGAUCUCAACUACCCAUCAUUCAUUGCCUUCUUUAAUUCGAAUGUUUCGUCUUCUGAUACCAAAAUUGUGAAAGAAUUUCAGAGAACAGUGACAAAUGUGGGAGAUGGGAUGUCAACAUAUAAGGCUAAGGUGAUUGGCAUGGAUGGGUUUAAGGUGAAUGUGGUACCAGACAAGUUGGUUUUCAGAAACAAGUAUGAGAAAUUGAGUUACAAGUUGAGGAUAGAAGGACCAAAAAGGAUGAAGGAGGUUGUGGUUCAUGGUUCUCUCAGUUGGGUUGAAGUUAGAGGGAAUCACGUGGUGAGAAGUCCCAUUGUAGCCACCAACCUUAGCUCAGAACCUUUGUCUGGGAACAGUUAAGAAAGAAUGUCUCUUUCUUACUUUGGGAAGGGAAGGGGAAGGAAUGAAUAAGUAGAUUUAGGCAUUUAGCAGAAGAUGA